CACUCAACUGAAACCCGAAGAACACUACCAUCAUGACGGUAGUAUCAUUUUACUCUUACAAACGGUUUGACAUUCAGGCGCAGCGGACUAGCGGCGCGCUUUAAAAAAAAAUAUAUAUAUAUACCUGCAUAUAUUUUUUUAUUUAUAAAAAUAUUUUUAAAAAAUUGUUUACUUUUUAAGUAUACUACUUCAAUGUGCGCUUUAUCGUGAUCGGUUCGCGUCGAUUUUAUUUUCUUUGCAUAAUUUUUUCCCCAAACCUACUCGCAAAAGUGAUGAUGAUUUUUUAAAUAAACGAAUAUCAAAAAAAAAAGACACAUGGAUAAGGAUACCGCACGAACAGGCAGUUAAUUAAUAAUAAUACGCUUCGAUCAUGACGUCCAACGAUGACCUAUUAUUUAGUUUCGAAAAUAUCCUGAUGUUAACGAAAUGGCAUCGAAAAUAAGACUGACAGCGAAACAAUUAUUACCAGAAAAUGAGAUGCGUUUGUCGAGGAUUAAACGUCUUAACGUUUUUCGUCUGCGUGAUCGUCUUACCAGCCUCUUUGGGAUUGUUACAAAACGCGUUUGACGUUAACUACUGGAGAUGCGUAAUGAAACGCACGGACCAAUGUCCAGACAUGGACAUUAAAAUAUUUUUAUACAGCAGCGAAGCCAAAAGGAAAAAACUGAUCGACGUUAGAAACAAAAAUGCACUUAGAUACAGCGGUUGGGACCCUGGCAAAAGGAAUGUCAUUAUUAUACAUGGUUUCAAUGGAACUGAGAGCAAAACGCCGAUGACGAUCAUUAGAGAUGCGUACCUUCGCCGAAAAGAUUACAACGUCUUCCUCGUCGACUGGGAACCGCUAACUUUCUUCCCUUGUUACCUGUCUUCUUUGAGCAACACACGUUUGGUGGCACAGUGCACGGCUCAGUUCUAUGCUCAUCUUACUUUUUCCGGAGCGUCUGCUCUCGACAUCCAAUGCGUGGGCCACAGCCUGGGAGCUCACAUAUGCGGUAUGAUGAGCAACUAUCUGACACACCGGCAACACAAAAUAAUAGGUCUGGAUCCGGCAAGACCGCUGGUGGACAGGUACGGUUCGCGCGAGUUCCGGUUGACCAGGGACGACGCCAACUUGGUCCAGGUGAUUCACACAAACGCCGGAUUCCUAGGAGAAGUGCCGCAGGUGGGGCACGUGGACUUCUGCGUCAACGGCGGCCGUCUUCAGCCGAGCUGCGCCAAAGAGCCCAGAAACCUCCGUAAGGCUCGGUGCAGCCAUUUUUUGAGCGCAUGUUUUUUUGCCGCUUCGGUUUCGGAAAAUGGUAAACGUCACCGAGGCGUACCCUGUACCAGAACAUGCAAGCCUUUUCCCAAAGGAGUAAUUAAGAAUUCGCUCGUACCCAUGGGAUUCCAUACCCCAGAAAACGCCCGAGGAACGUUCUGCAUUGAAAUGCACAACACCAAAUCGUGUCCAUUUGAUUGAUUAUAAGUUUUUGAGGCAUUAAUUAUAUAAAUAUUAUGUUAUAAUAAAUAUUAGUUUAAUUUGGAUUGUUUUAAAAUGUGAUACUUCAAUAAAAAUAUAAAAACUUGUGA